AUGAGCGCCAUGCGCCAGCAACUGCCCGAACACGCACCGGCUGGGACGAAUGAGGCUAUUCCGUUCUACAAGAAGAUAGCUGCUCGGCUUCAGUCUUUGCGACGCAGCAAUGGCCGACAUCAGCGCAUCUUCGAACCUCUCCCCCAGGCUUCACAAGCUCGCCUCGACGCCUCCCUGAACGAUGCGCCCAUCGACACCGAGAAGCUCGUCGCUUCACAAACCCCAACCCCACAAGACAAGCAGAAAACUGUCCUCUACCUCGCCUACGGCUCCAACCUAUGCAACGAAACCUUCCGCGGCGUGCGCGGCAUCCGCCCCCUCUCGCAAACCAACGUCCUCGUCCCCUCCCUCCGCCUAACCUUCGACCUCCCCGGUGUCCCCUACAAAGAACCAUGUUUCGCCAACUCCGCGCUCCGCUCCCCUCCACGUGAAAGCCGACUACCACCAAAGACCGCUGGGCACAAGGGUCCUCGUCCGGCGUCGUGUAUGAAGGUCACGCUGGCCGACUACGCGCACAUCAUCGCGACCGAGGGCGGGGGCAGCGCGUACAAGGACAUUCUAGUAGACUGCUAUGUCCUUCCACACGCAGACACGGUGCCGGAAGUACCUUCUUCAAAGCCGUUCAAAGCGCACACGCUGUUUGCGCCAGCCACGGCCGAGCGCACGCAUCGCCCGGAUCCCAGCUACGCGCAGCCCUCGGGCGCGCUAUCUCAAGCUCAUCACCCGACGGCGCUGCCGAGUGCGAUUUGCCCGGCCGAGUAUCGCGCAUAUCUGCAUGAUAUCAGGGCGUACACGAUCACGGGGAAGACGCAGGCGGGUCGGCGCCCGCGCUGUUUUUGA